UAAAGUUUGCAAUGUAUACAGUGCCUGUGAUACCGCCCGAUCUACGUCAUGAAGAAACAAUCAUCCAAGCAGCCAUAGCGCUCAGUUGUCUACAAAAAACAAUAAAUUCUGUCUUUGACUGCAUUGAUAAUCGUACCCAACGUAAUAAUGCAAAAGUGCAAGAGUUGAGUGCACGGGUUGGACGGGCACAAGCGAAAAUACGGAGUUUAGUCGGCACAAAAAAGGCAAUCAAAAUUUACGCUCCAGCUCGCUUUCCAUCAACCCAAGUUUUUCAUGACAUACCACAAACUUUUGGUAACUCAAAAACAAUGUUAGAUGAACAUGUAAAAAAUCAAAACAAUGAAAAACAACAACAAAAUUAUGAAGUGCUUAGCCGUAUAGAUGCACCUGCAACUCAAGCAUUGCAGGAAAAGUUGGUUUUCUUUCAUGUACGUUAUAAGGAUAUGAAUGAAUCAUUUUCCGGACACAGUGUAACUGCCAACAAACUACAUGUGAAUAAAAGCAUUGGUAUGGGUAUUGUUCCAGAAAAAUUACGAUCAGUAUCCUCUUUGUUGCACUGCAAUGGCAGUGAAAUGGUUUACAGUCAAGAAAAUGGUGAAAAGGAGACAUGGAAAAAAGCAAAGCUCUUUAAAUUACAACGUCAACGACAAGAUAACUUAGAAUUGAAACAUCUUUUAGAACCAGCUCCCUAUUCGUUGGCACAUCGCAAUCAAAAAACAAAUUCUUUUGGUGGUCUACGCUACACACCACGACUGAAUGAGGCACCGGAAAUAGAUUUGCCACUUGACUUGCCCGAUUUACCAGGUAUUGCUGAUGAUAUACAGUUUGAAGGUAAAGAUCAUCAGCAAAUCGCGCCAUCAUUAUAUAUUGAAAAUUUACCCGAUCUACCGGAAUUAGAAGAGGCAGCUACAACGGAAGGAAAUAUUUCAAAAUCCAAUGAAGAACAUGAUAUUAAACAGAACCAUUCAAUGCAACCACCUACAGCAAACGCAGUCAUUGCUACAACUAUAGUAAAUGUAGCACAAGUAUCUGUGGCACCAGCGCCACCUCCACCGCCUCCUCCACCACCAUUACCACCGCCACAUGCAGUGGCAAAACCAAUGCAAACGAAUGCUGUAAAAGAAAAUUCGAAUUUACAAAACACAAACACCGAUAAUGCACGUAAUGAGCUAAUGGAUGCUAUACGCAAAGCGGGUGGUGCACGCGGUGGUCGUUUACGUGCUGCCGCUGCUGCUCCUGUCGAUGUGGUUGACAAUAGAUUAAGCACCAAAAAUUGUGAAGCCAAACCUGCAACAAACAAAAUUGGUGGCGGAGAUCUCAUGGCAGAUUUACACAAUAAAUUAUUAAUGCGUCGCAAAGGUAUUUCUGGUUCAAAAGACAAGGAAAAUAGUGACGGUGUUAAUACUGUGGGCAAAGCACUAAAAACUUCUACUGAUAAUCCAGUUAUGUCUCGUUUAUCGGCGCUAAUACCACCACCCACCGCCCGUAAAAACUCUGACGACGAUGACGACACCCAUGACGAGGACAAUGAUACUGAUUGGGUGGAAUAGCAAUGGCUUACUUGUAAUAAAAGUAGCAUAGUCACAUGCGUUGUGUAAUAGAGUUGAGCUCCUUCACUGCAUAAUUUUGAAGCCAAUUUUAAACCGCUUGUGCCUACGUUUAAAUUACGAAAUAUUAGAAUGUGUUAACUCAUAAAAUUUUAAAUAUGUUUGUACAUAUAAAUUUAUUUUUAAAAUUUAAAUUAACAUUCGGUAAAAAAUAAUAAAAAUUUUAUUAAAGUAAUACAUUUUAAACGUAUACAAAUAAAUCUAAUUAACUCAAUUUAU